GUUGACUGAUUGAUCAGCUGAGUUCCAGUGCUGCUGGACUACUCCUGUCUUGAUUUAACUGGUGGAGCUCUGCUUAGAUACUGUAGCCAGGAAGAGCAGACGACUGACGACGACGACUUCUUCCUGCUCUCUUCAUUUCCCUUUUCUUAUAUUAUAGAAAAUUAUAAAUGGAUCUUUCAAUUCCUUCGUCUUUCUCUGUCUCUGAAAUCUUUCCUUCUUCUCGAUCUCUCUCCCCUCCAUCUUUUCAGAAGCUCAGAUUAUUUCCUUUUAUCUAUGACUCCAAUCUCAAAUCUAGAAACUUCCCCACUCGAUCCUUGUUUUGCCGCCAAAAUCGUCUUUCUCUCAGAGCUCAAACUUCUAAUGGGGCGCUUAACGAUGGCUUCGUCCUCGAAGACGUUCCUCACUUGACAGAUUUCCUUCCUGAUUUACCUUCCUACCCGAACCCAUUGCAGAGCAGCCAAGCUUAUGCUAUUGUCAAGCAAACUUUCGUUGCACCCGAAGAUGCAGUGGCGCAAAAGAUUGUUGUCCAGAAAGAUAGCUCCAGAGGAGUGCAUUUUAGGCGUGCGGGGCCACGAGAGAAGGUCUACUUUACGCCUGAAGAAGUGCGUGCUUGCAUUGUGACUUGUGGGGGCUUGUGUCCUGGGAUCAAUACGGUCAUCCGGGAGAUAGUUUGCGGAUUGAACUAUAUGUAUGGUGUCAAUGAUAUACUUGGCAUUGAGGGAGGGUAUAGAGGUUUCUACUCCAAAAACACUGUGACAUUGACUCCUAAAGUUGUGAAUGAUAUCCACAAGCGUGGUGGUACCUUUCUUCGCACUUCUCGAGGAGGUCAUGACACCCACAAGAUAGUUGAUAACAUUCAGGACAGGGGAAUAAAUCAGGUCUAUAUUAUAGGAGGUGAUGGUACCCAGAAGGGAGCAGAUCUAAUUUACAAGGAAGUAGAGAAACGUGGUCUUCGAGUGGCAGUUGCUGGGAUCCCCAAGACCAUUGAUAAUGAUAUUGCUGUGAUAGAUAAAUCCUUUGGAUUCGAUACUGCUGUUGAGGAAGCUCAGAGAGCAAUUAAUGCUGCACAUGUGGAGGUUGAAAGUGUGGAAAAUGGAGUUGGGAUUGUAAAACUUAUGGGCAGAUACAGUGGUUUCAUUGCUAUGUAUGCAACUUUGGCAAGCAGAGAUGUGGAUUGUUGCUUAAUUCCAGAAUCUCCAUUCUAUCUGGAAGGCCCAGGUGGACUCUUUGAAUUUAUUGAACAGCGGCUGAAAGAAAAUGGGCAUCUGGUCAUUGUGAUAGCAGAAGGAGCAGGGCAGGAGUAUAUCGCUCAGAGCACACGUACAAAUGAUGAGAGAGAUGCAUCAGGAAACAGGCUACUUCUUGAUGUUGGUCUGUGGUUAUCUCAGAACAUUAAGGAUCAUUUUGUGAAUGUUCGGAAGAUGCAAGUAAAUAUGAAAUAUAUAGAUCCCACAUACAUGAUACGAGCCAUUCCAAGUAAUGCAUCAGACAACAUCUAUUGCACUCUUCUGGCACAUAGUGCUGUUCAUGGAGCCAUGGCUGGGUACACAGGCUUCACAGUUGGACCAGUGAACAGCAGACAUGCUUAUAUUCCCAUUGCACGUGUGACUGAGGCACAAAACACAGUGAAGUUGACAGAUAGGAUGUGGGCUAGGCUACUUGCGUCUACAAAUCAGCCUAGUUUCUUGAAUUCUGAUGAUGGAGAGACAGUUGAAGUGAGAAAGGACAAAAUGAAGAUCAAUUCUACUUAGAGUCUCUGGAUCUGGACUGAAAUCCAAACAGAUCGGUAUAAUCUCAUGUUUCCUGCCAUCAUGGUGAAAUCCCUCUGAUCUCCAAUUCUGAGUUCUGUACGGCAAAUACAAGUAGACGCUGCCCUAGUGAGGUUAGAUAUUAUUUGGAGGCCGACUUCAAUAUCCAUUUAGAUUGCAAUGCACUGGAGUUUAAUGUUUAAGGCAGAGUGAAGUGUUUGUGAAUGGCAUGGUGCAGCAUUCGCCGAACCAAAUAUCAAUCUGUAUUUAUUGAUAAAUUUCUGAGCUUUUUUACAUUUUGGCACGACCUGAAAUUAGUAAACCAGUUGAGUUGCUAUAUGUAAUGAAAACUUGCAGACACCUUCUGGGCAGAGGUGUCUACUUUCUAGUGUUCCAGCCCGAGGUUGAUACUGUCAUCGAAUCCUAAGAAUGUUUAAGGGUUCUGAUA